AUGGAAAAUAUUACACAGCCCACACAGCAAUCUACGCAAGCCACACAACGGUUUCUGAUCGAGAAAUUCUCGCAGGAACAAAUUGGUGAGAAUAUUGUGUGCAGAGUCAUUUGUACCACGGGACAAAUUCCAAUCAGAGACCUCUCAGCUGAUAUUUCACAGGUCCUAAAGGAAAAACGAUCUAUUAAGAAAGUAUGGACAUUCGGAAGAAAUCCGGCAUGCGACUAUCAUCUGGGCAACAUUUCGAGACUAUCCAAUAAGCAUUUUCAAAUACUGCUGGGCGAAGAUGGUAAUCUUUUACUAAAUGACGUUUCCACUAAUGGAACCUGGUUAAAUGGUCAAAAAGUAGAGAAAAAUAACAACCAAUUGCUAUCCCAAGGUGAUGAAAUAACUGUCGGCGUAGGUGUCGAGUCAGAUAUCUUAUCGUUGGUUGUAUUCAUAAACGAUAAAUUUAGGCAAAGCCUCGAGCAAAAUAAAGUAGAUCGCAAAAGAUCUAACUUGAAAAACACGUCCAAAACCACCUCUCCAGGUCUUACUUCCUCCACUCCAUCUGUCGUCGCCGCUCACAAGACUGGUAUUUUCAAAGAUUUUUCUAUUAUCGAUGAAGUGGUAGGCCAGGGUGCAUUUGCCACAGUAAAGAAAGCUAUAGAAAGAACCACUGGAAAAACGUUUGCAGUAAAGAUAAUAAGCAAACGUAAAGUAAUCGGUAAUAUGGACGGUGUAACAAGAGAGUUGGAAGUGCUACAAAAGCUCCACCAUCCAAGGAUAGUGCGUCUAAAGGGCUUUUACGAAGACGCUGAAAGUUACUACAUGGUGAUGGAGUUUGUUUCAGGUGGUGAUUUAAUGGAUUUUGUUGCUGCUCAUGGUGCUGUUGGGGAGGAUGCGGGAAGAGAGAUAUCGAGGCAGAUCCUCGAAGCAGUGAAAUACAUACACUCCAUGGGUAUUAGUCAUCGUGAUUUAAAGCCAGAUAAUAUCCUUAUCGAGCAAGACGAUCCCGUGUUGGUGAAGAUAACCGAUUUUGGCCUAGCAAAAGUCCAGGGAAACGGGUCCUUUAUGAAAACGUUUUGUGGCACCUUAGCAUACGUAGCACCUGAAGUUAUCAGAGGCAAAGAUUCGUCUGUAUCUCCAGACGAAUAUGAAGAAAGAAACGAGUAUUCCUCAUUAGUGGAUAUGUGGUCAAUGGGGUGUCUCGUGUAUGUCAUUUUGACAGGUCACUUGCCUUUUAGUGGUAGUACUCAGGACCAACUUUACAAACAGAUCGGAAGGGGCUCUUACCAUGAGGGUCCUUUAAAAGAUUUCAGGAUAUCUGAAGAAGCAAGAGAUUUUAUAGAUUCCUUGUUACAGGUGGAUCCAAAUAAUAGGCUCACGGCUGCAAAGGCUCUAGGCCACCCUUGGAUCAAAAUGAAUCCGCUCGUCCCACAAUCGGAUGGUGAUUUUUCCCAAAUCUCUUUGUCCCAAUCUUUAUCUCAACAGAAAAUACUAGAAAAUAUGGACGAUGCUCAAUACGAGUUCGUUCUAGCACAAAGAAGAUUGCAAUUAGAACAGCAGCAAAUAUUACAAGAGCAAGAGCAAGAGCAAGAGCAAGAGCACAAUGAAGAAGACCAAGAAGAUCAAGAUGGUAAAAUUCAAGGAUUCAAAGUACCUGCUCACCCACCCGUUCGAUAUACACAGCCAAAAAGCAUUGAGGCUGAUAGCCAAGAACAAAAAAUCAUGCAUCCCAAUAAUAUAACAAACAACAUGAGCGCAAAGAAAAAGGGGCAUGGUAGAUUUUUGACUUUACAGCCAUUACCUGAUAGCAUUAUUCAAGAAAGUCUCGAAAUUCAGCAAGGUGUAAAUCCAUUUUUCAUUGGCAGAUCCGAGGAUUGUAAUUGCAAAAUCGAAGACAACAGGCUAUCUCGUGUGCAUUGUUUCAUUUUUAAGAAAAGACAUGCUAUAGGGAAAAGUAUGCAUGAAUCUCCGGCCCAAGGUUUAGACGACAUUUGGUACUGUCACACGGGUACUAAUGUAAGUUAUUUAAAUAAUAGUCGAAUGAUCCAAGGUACGAAAUUCCUUUUACAAGAGGGAGAUGAAAUAAAGAUCAUUUGGGAUAAGAUCAAUAAUUUUGUUAUUGGCUUUAAAGUGGAAAUUAAUGAUACUACAGGUCUAUUCAACGAUGGGUUGGGUAUACCGCGGGAACAAAGAGUAAUAUUGAAACAAACCACUGAAGAACAAGAUCUGGUUAAGAGGCUAACCCAAAUGAUGGCUGCUCAACGUGCAAAUCAACCCUCGGCUGCUUCUUCACCAAUGGCGGCUAAUAAGUCACAAAUUAGCGUCGUAGCCAAUAACAGCAACAACUCAGUCUUAAGCGAUUUGGUAGAACCCCCCAGUAAUGCAAACACGGGAAACAUCCUUAAGAGAAUACACUCGGUAAGUUUGUCGCAGUCACAAAUUGAUCCUAGUAAAAAGGUCAAAAGAGCCAAACUAGACCAAACUUCAAAAGGUCCCGAGAAUUUACAAUUUUCAUAA